UCCUCAUCCACAAGUGCAAGCUUUAGAGUGUCCUAUAACAUGUCGCAACCAUCACUAAGGACGUCAAGGACUCUGAAUUCUUCAGCUUCAUCACCAUGUUUAGGGCCAGCGAUAAGUGUUAGAAGGAGAAGAGGAAGACAAUUAAUGAUGAUGAUUUCCUGGUAUUUGUCUGUGAGCCCAAGUCAGAGGUCAGUUUGUCGCUCUGUGGUUUGUGAGGUUGCUCCAACCAAGAGGCUUGAUUAUGUUGAAAAGCGAGCUCGCCAGGUUGAGAAAAGGCGCAUUUACAACAAUUCCAAAAAGUCUGAGAUCAAAACCAGGUUGAAGAAGUGGAUGAUACGAAUAAGGAGAUAGAGGAGGUUUAGACGCAGAGGAAGUCCUCGAUCUGGUGUGUCAGACUGUCAGCUCGACAACUUCUAGCGCAUGGUCG